CCCUCUGCCUGCCGCAGUGCUCCCGUUAGCCCUAGAGCAGAGAUGAGCUAUACUUUGGACUCGCUGUACAACACCUCCGCCUACCGCAAGGUGCUCGGCGACCCGCAGAGAAAUGUCUCCAGGUCGACCGUCUCCCUUGCUUCUAGCGGCUUCCACUCCCAGCCCUGGUCCAGGGGAUCCACCACUUCCUCGUACCGUAGAGGAAUGGGCGGCUACAGCCAGAUCUCCUCCACUGACAGCCUGGACGGUUUCAACGGAGAGCCGCGAUCCCGCAACGAAAAGGAGGUGCUGCAGGCUCUCAACGACCGCUUCGCCGUCUACAUUGACAAAGUGAGGCAGCUGGAGAUCCAGAACAAGAACCUCGAGGCUGAGGCAGCCGCCCUGAGACAGAGCCAAGCCGGAAAGUCGGCUAUCGGGGAGCUCUAUGAGAGGGAGAUCGGCGACUUGAGGAACAUCGUGGUGCAGCUGAGCAACGAGAAAACCCAGGUGCAGCUGGAGCAGGAGCACAUCGAGGAGGACAUCCAGCAAGUCAAGCAGAGGUUCGAGGAUGAGGCCAGGGCACGAGAGGAAGUGCAGGCGGCAAUCCGUGCCAUGACCAAGUACAUCGACGAGUCCGGGUUGAGCCGUUUGGAACUAGAGAAAAAGCUGCAGUCCCUCCAAGAGGAAGCCGCUUUCCUCAAGAAGAACCACGAAGCAGAGGUGGGAGACCUGCUGUCCCAGAUCCACGACUCACAGGUCACCGUAGAUGUGAGGGAGUCCGUCAAGUCAGAUGUCACAAGCGCUCUGCGGGAGAUCCGAGCACAGCUGGACGGGCACACUUCAAAAACAACGCAGCACGCCGAGGAGUGGUUUCAAGUGCGUCUGGAUAAGUUGUCAGAGGCAGCGAAGUACAACAGUGAUGCCAUUCGUAGUGCCCAGGAUGAGAUCUCUGAGUAUCGUCGCCAGCUGCAGUCCCGCACUACCGAGAUGGAGACACUAAAGGGGACCAAAGACUCCCUGGAGAGACAGCGAUCUGAGAUAGAGGAUCGUCACCAUGGAGACAUCACCUCCCUACAGGAAACCAUCCAGCAGCUGGACAACGAGCUGAGAAGCACUAAGUGGGAGAUGUCAACCCAGCUGAGAGACUACCAGGACCUGCUAAAUGUGAAGAUGGCCCUGGACAUUGAGAUAGCAGCUUAUAGGAAACUGCUGGAGGGUGAAGAGACCAGAUUCAGCUCUGGGCCGGCUCCAUAUUCCUACAUCGAGAGCCAUACUAAAAUUGCAAGCUCAUCACGCCAUAUCAAGAUCAAAACUGAGGACAAAGUUAAAGCAGCAGAGAAAUCUGAUACUGUCAUCGUAGAGGAGCAGACUGAUGAGACUCAGGUGGAAGUGACAGAGGGCGGGGAGGAGACAGAGAAGGAGGGAGAGGCAGAAGAGGAGAAGGCUGAGGAAGAGGCCAAAUCAGAGGGAGAGAAGGGAGAGGAAGAAGAGGGAAAAGAGGAUGAGGAAGAAGAGGCAGAAGUGGGUGGGGAAGCUGAGGAAGAGGGAGAAGAAGCUGCAGAGAAAGAUGAGAAGGAACCCAGAUCUCCAGAAGCUGAGGAGGAGUCCAAAGCUAAGUCUCCUGAGGCAAAGUCUCCUAAAGCAACAUCUCCUACUGAAGAUAAAUCCAAGUCCACAGAGCCAAAAUCUCCUGAAGCAAAAUCUCCCACAGAAGAUAAAUCCAAAUCCCCGGAACCAAAAUCUCCUACUGAGCAAGAAGCAAAAUCUCCAGCUGAAAAAUCAGAAUCUCCCAAGGCAAAAUCACCCACAGAAGAUAAAUCAAAAUCCCCUGAGGCAAAAUCCCCCACAGAAGAUAAAUCAGAAUCUCCCAAGGCAAAAUCACCCACAGAGGAUAAAUCAAAAUCUCCCGAGGCAAAAUCCCCCACAGAAGAUAAAUCAAAAUCUCCCGAGGCAAAAUCCCCCACAGAAGAGAAAUCUAAAUCCCCCGAGGCAAAAUCACCUGCAGAAGAAAAAGUCAAAUCCCCAGAGGAAGAGCAACCCAAAGCCAAGGUGACACCGCCCAAAGAAGAAAAAAAGGAGCCAGAACCUGAGAAAGUAGAGAAGCCUGAUAGCAAGAAAGAAGAGAAAGAGAAACCAAAGGAAAAAGAGCCUGUGAAGAAGGCAGAGGCAAAGGAGGAGGAAAAGGAGAGCAAGCCAGCUGAGUCACCCAAGAAAGCACAGGCACCCAAGAUACCCACUAAACCAGAGGAAAAGGAGAAAGAGUCUGUAAAGGAGAAACCCAAACCUGAGGCCAAGGCUGAGGAGAAAGAGAAGGCUGCCCCAAAGGUUGAUGAAAAAGAGAAAGCUUCUCCCAAAAAGGAGGAAAAAGAGAAAGCCACACCCAAGGCCGAGGAGAAAGAGAAGUCCGCCCCAAAGGAAGAAGUAAAGGAAAAGAAGGAAGCAGUCAAGACAGAAGAAAAGGAGAAACCCAAGAAGGAAGACAAACCCAAGGAAGAUGUGAAGCUAGUGGAAAAGAAAGAGGAAGCUAAGAAAGUGCCUGAGAAAGAAGUAAAGAAACCAGAGGCCAAGAAAGAGGAAAAGAAGAGCGAGCCCAAGAAAGAAGAAGACAAGGCCAAACCUGAGAAGAAGGAGACUGCAAAGUCUCCCAAAAAGGAGGCGGCCACAGACACCAAGACCCAGAAAACAGAGAAGUCCUCCAGCACUGAUGAGAAGGAGACCAAGACUGCGGAGAAGUCUGGAGAGGAAAUAGCCAAGAAGUAAGAGAAAAGUGACAGAAUUAUGGGUGAAUGGUAGGGGAACAAACACCAAAGAACAAUAAUGGGGAGGGAGGGAGAGGAUAAUUCAGUAUCU